AUGAAGACGAGAGGUCAGCCUUGUUACAAUUCAAGCUUAGUUUUUCAAUUGAAAAGUUUGCAUCUGACGACCCUUCUGCUUAUCCAAAAAUGGAAUCAUGGAAGAUGGAAGGGGAGAGCUGGCAAUUGCUGCUCGUGGCAUGGCAUCAAAUGUGAUGAGAUCACAGGUCAUGUGAUCGGGCUGGACAUCAGUAGCAGCUUUAUCUAUGGUUCCAUCAACUCCAACAGUAGCCUCUUCAGACUCGUUCAUCUGCAGCGACUCAACCUUGCUGGCAACAAUUUCAAUUACUCUGAAGUUCCUUCUGCAAUUGGGAGUCUUUCUUGGCUAACCCAUCUUGACCUCUCCCACUCUAAAUUUUUGGGGAAUUCCCAAGAGGCAUUUUCCUACUACCAAAUUUACAAUUUCUAA